CUGGUAUUGGUGCAAUGGCUGAGAAAGAAAAUCGAGAGCAUCUUUGCUAAGAUCGACGAGCACACGUGCAAAACCGCUCGAUUUAAACGGCUUGUACAACCAGCAUUAAAUGAAUAUAUUGUUCGCAGAACUUGGUGAUUUCUUUUCGUUCUUUUCCCCAUGGCAUCCAAACAAAUUGAUCCGUCGCAAACGGGUGCGGUUUCAUCACGAAGCACCGGAUUUCACCAGCGUAAAAUAUCCUUGACAACGGCAUGUCCACCUACGGGUCGCCCAGACUCAAAGCAUCAUCCAUCCUAUGCCAACUUUCUCAAUCAACAACUGUCGGCCAAUCCGCUGUCACCAUCAUCCUCUUACUGGUAUAAAAGGCUGUAUCGAUGGCGGAUUGUGCGGGUCAUCGUAUGGGCCUACAUUCUUCUCAGCGUCGGAUUAUUCACUCUACAUAUCCUGUCCUCCAUUUGGCCCACGGAAUCAAAAGGUAAAAGCCAGAAACAAAAUUUGUCCUCCUGUUGCUUGUUUUGUUUGGCAUGUCAAUUUCGUACACGAGGAAUUGAACAGAGGCAAAAGCAAAUAACACCAGCAAGUGGUGGUCAUGUACUGAAAGUAUACUGACACAUGAUUCCAAGUACAUCAGACAUCGCUUUCCUCCCAGUAUUCGCCAUC